GGCCGCGCCCCCGCGCCCAUGGCGCUCGUGCCUAGCGCCCGCUACGUGAGCGCCCCGAGCCCGGCGCACCCGCAGCCCUUCAGCUCCUGGAACGACUACCUGGGGCUCGCCACGCUCAUCACCAAGGCGGUGGACGGCGAGCCGCGCUUCGCCUGCACCCGCGGCGGGGACGGCGGCGGCUCCCCGCCCUCCUCUUCCUCUUCGUCCUGCUGCUCCCCCCAUGCGGGGACCGGACUCGGGACGCUGGGGCCGGUGCUGGGGCCGCCUGACUACGAUGAGGACGACGACGACGACGACAGCGACGAGCCGGGGUCCCGAGGCCGCUACCUGGGGGGCGCGCUGGAGCUGCGUGCGCUGGAGCUGCGCGCGGGCCCCGCGGAGGCCGGGAUACUAGAGGAGCGCUUCGCCGAGCUGAACCCGUUCGCGGGCCGCGCCGCCGCGGUACUGCUGGGCUGUGCGCCAGUCGCCACAACGGCCGAGGCGACGCCGCGCGAGGAUCGGGCCCCAGCGUGGGCUUCCGUGCCCCGGCUGCAGGCGGCCUCCGGAGCGGCCGCAGCCCGACUACUGAAGCCGGAGCUGCAGGUGUGCGUGUUCUGCCGGAACAACAAGGAGGCGGUGGCGCUCUACACCACCCACAUCCUUAAGGGUCCCGACGGGCGAGUGCUGUGCCCCGUGCUGCGCCGCUACACGUGCCCCCUGUGCGGCGCCAGCGGCGACAACGCGCACACCAUCAAGUACUGCCCGCUCUCCAAAGUGCCGCCGCCGCCCGCCGCGCGCCCGCCGCCGCGCGGUACCAGGGACAGCCUGCCUGGCAAGAAGCUGCGCUGAGCGCCUGGGCUGGGGUCUCCCGCACCUGAUGCGCCAGGGUCGCCUGCAGCUGUUUUGGUCUCGCACUGUCUCCCCCUUGCUGUUGGGAAAGCGAGGACCUCAGGAGCUAGCUCAACUUGGGACCUUGUGGUGGUUUGUUUUUCAGAAGCAGCUGCCUUGUGUGGAAUAUUUUGCUGUUGAGCAGUUGAGGCCGACACUAAAAAUCUUGAUUUAUCUUUAGUUUCUAGUUUGCGCACAUGCACAACGGCAGAGGCUGGGUGUGUAUUCCAUUGACUUAAAUAUGGCAACGGAGAGGAGCUAUUUACUGUAUACGUCGAUCUAUUUUAGAUGCACAUCAGUAUGAACUGUCUCACUUUAAUCUUGGAUGUUUCGUUUUACAAUGGAGGCACUUUACUAGGUCUAGAAUAUUUUUUUAAUAGCCUCUAAAUUGAGCUGAAGUUGGGAGAUUUUAUGGAAUGUUGGCAAAAUGACCAUGGUUUGAUGCAGUUAGUAUUUUAGUUGUCCUUAGUUACCAGGUUAAGCAAGCCCUUGGUGGCUGCAGCGUUUGAGCAGUGAAGGUUUUUAGUACUUUCCAUUGUUUGGGUGCGUAUUCCCUCCUUGUGGCUUGUUUCUGUCCUAGCUGGAGGUGUGAAGUACAAGGUAUGUAGCAACUAGAGCACAGCUCCUUAAUUUUUAUGUACCAGAUCUCUUACAACUAGCAAUUAGCCUUUUCCACCUUUAAAAACUGUGCCAAGUCAUAAUCGUGUAUACACUUGGAAAUGGUGCUGUUUGAAAAAUUGUGUAUUUAUACAGUAAUAGUAUAUGAAUUCAUUUAUCUCCCGUAACUCCUCCCUCCUUAGCAUUUUCUCUACAUACCCACCGUCCCGUUUUUAGUUAACAAUCAUUUGUGAUACCAAGAUCAAAAGGGAGAAAGGCAAGGAAGCAAUGUUAGCUCACCACAACUUGCUCCAUUUCAGGGUUCCUAAGUAAUAAAGGAAAGCCCAUUCCA